GGAGAGCCGAGGAGGAGGAGGGGGAGCCAGAGACAGCGUGAGCCCCGGAGACGACACAGACCGUGGCGGCGGCGGUGCAGGCGGAGCAGAGCAGCGGGACGACACCGACGGUCGGCGGCGUCGCUCGGAUGCUGUUGUCGCCUCCGCUCCGGACGCGGCGACGAUGCGGCCACACUGCUGGAUGAUGGUGGCGCUGGCGGGGAUCAUGUCGUACCUCAGCCCGGAGAGAGCGCUCGGAGCCCCGCAGAGGGAAGUCUCUCAAUCUAGGGCUGCAUCCCUCUCUCCACCACCCUAUGUCGUCAUCCUCAUCUCUUGCUCUGGGCUGGUCUCUUUCGUCCUAUUGCUCCUCACCUGCCUGUGCUGUAAGAAAGGAGUGGGGUUCAAUGAGUUUGACAAUGCGGACGGGGAGGAGUGCUCCGGAGGCUCCAGCCCCAUCCAGGAGGACAGCCUGUCGUCAUGUCCCUCCCUCCCCGAGGUCUACACCUUACCAGUCAGAGACAGGUCCGGCUGCCCCGCCCUGCAGGAGGGAGCAGACUGUAAGUCUAAGUGCUUCAAAAGACACACUUUAAACUACCUUCAGGAAAUCGGAAAUGGCUGGUUUGGAAAGGUGAUCCUGGCUGAAGUGCUGUGUGACUGCAGCUCCUCUCAGGCUGUGGUGAAGGAGCUGCGUGUCAGUGCCAGCCCUCUGGAGCAGAGGAAGUUCUUGGCUGAGUCCGAGCCGUACAGGUGGGAGAAAAUACUGAAAGUCAAGUAA